GCUUUCCGGCUCGGCGGGGAAAGGAGGAAGAGUGGGGACGCGUCCGUUGUCCUCCGUCCCCCGGGGGUGACCUGGGUCGCCCCCCCCCAGCAUGAGCGCGGGGCCCGAGUGUGAACCCCCCGGGAAAAGGGCUCGCCUGAGUUCCGGCUUCUUCCCUUCCUCUCAGGCGGUGGUCUCGCAGCCCCUGCCGCCUCCCCGCCGCCGGGAGGAAGGGCCCGGACCCGGCGGCCCCUCAGCCACCGUGGGGAACAAAGUUUACAAACAAAAGAGGAUUACCUCCUGGAUGGAGAACAAAGGACCCAGAACGGUAGAAUCUGAAAGACAAAGCAAAAGAAGCAACAUGGAAGCAGAAUCCCAAACGGCCUUUGUUAAAAAAGAUCGCAUUUUCGACCAUGAUGCCAAAAAGGUCGAAGGCCUCUUCCAGCAGGGCUGCUCAGAUUUAUCCACAGAAAUGAGCACCAAGCAGUGUUUUUUUCCUCCAGCUGAGGGCAGCUGUAGGGAUAAUCUAUCUGAAGCCGAGGCUCUGAAACAAAGACAGGCAAGCGAGUCCUUGGAAAACAUAAAUGUUCACCAGGUAUACAAAACUGGCACUCAGGCUUAUCAAGCCAUUCCUGAAAUCCAGGAAAACUGUCCCGCCAGGAAGCUUUCGAUAAGCAGCCCCACAAAGAUUCCAAAUCUAAAACAGGCUUCCAAAGACUGGGCUGCAAAAGAAGCAACUCUGCAGAAUCCACAGCUGUUGAAAAAUUUCAGCUCUGAGGAUCCAGUAGGUGUUAAAGCUGAGCCAGACGAGGCAGACUUGAUCCCGGAGAGCCCACUUUCCGAUCUUUAUGGCUUUCGGGACAGAGAUCAGGGGCACUUAGGGGAGUCACCCUCUUUUGAGAAGGAGAGUGAGCCCGAAUCGCCAAUGGAUGUGGAUAACUCCAAAAACAGUUGGCAGGGGUCGGAGAUGGAUGAGGAAAUCAGCCCCCUUCUCGAGGACCACGGAGAUCUCGAUGUGUCGGAAGGACCAGGCAACACCCCCCAGUUCCAGAGGGCAGAGACUGACCCGGAUUCCAGAAAGCGACAGUUUGCACCACUGAAAAGUGAAGGAGCCCGAUUUAGCCCCAACACCGAAGUAGUGGACAAUCCCUGGAAAGAUACUGAAAGGCACUCGGAAGUAUUGGGACCCUCGCCUCACCUGGCAUCGGAGGGCCGAAGUGCCAAGCACGGGGGAAGGAAGGACUCUAAAAUUACCUCCCAUUUCCCACGGGUCCAUAGAGGGGAUGAGAAAAGGAGUGAACACCGCCCAGGAAGGAAGCAUUGUAGAUAUACCCCUCCUUCACUCCCAACUAACAAAAAGUGGUUUGGGACCCCAAUUGAAGAGAUGCGAAGAAUGCCAGUCUGUGGGCUUCAUCUUCCUCAUUUGAGACCAUCUGCCAAUCAUACGGUUACAAUUAGAGUAGAUCUUCUGAAGGAAGGAGAAGUACCUAAACCUUUCCCAACACAUUAUAAGGAUUCGUGGGACAAUAAACACGUGAAAAUGCCUUGCUCAGAACAGAAUUUGUAUCCUAUAGAGGAUGAGAAUGGCGAGAGGACUGCUGGGAGCCGAUGGGAAUUAAUACAGACUUCGCUCCUCAAGAAAUUCACAUGUUCACGAGAUUUGAAGGAAGGCAUCCUCAGGUAUAAUAUCACCUAUGCCAAGAAAUGGGACUUCACAGCCCUUACUGAAUUCUGCGAUAAGGUGCUGGAAGACGCUGAGGCCCAGCAUCUUUUUCAGUCCAUUCUGCCUGACAUGGUGAAGCUGGCGCUCUCUCUGCCCACCAUCUGCACCCAGCCGAUCCCUCUUCUAAAGCAGAAAAUGAACCACGCAGUCACUCUGUCCCAGGAGCAGGCAGCCACUCUCCUAGCCAACGCCUUCUUCUGUACCUUCCCUCGGCGCAAUGCCAAGAUGAAGUCAGAGUAUUCGAGCUACCCGGACAUUAACUUCAACAGAUUGUUUGAGGGGCGAUCUCCGAGAAAGCCUGAGAAGCUGAAAACCCUUUUUUGCUACUUCCGAAGAGUCACUGAAAAAAAACCCACUGGGCUUGUGACAUUUACCAGACAGUGUCUGCAGGAAUUUCCAGAAUGGGAAAGAUCUCCAAAAAAAUUGCCCAGAUUGCAUGUCACCCAUGAAGGGACGAUUGAGAGCAACGGGCAGGGAAUGCUCCAGGUGGACUUUGCCAACCGCUUUGUCGGAGGGGGUGUCACUGGUGCAGGAUUGGUACAAGAAGAAAUCCGGUUCUUAAUCAAUCCAGAAUUGAUCGUCUCUCGUCUCAUUACGGAGGUCCUGGAUCACAAUGAAUGUCUGAUCAUCACAGGGACUGAACAGUACAGUGAAUAUACUGGAUAUGCAGAAACCUACCAGUGGGCCAGGAGCCAUGAAGAUGACAGGCCCAGGGAUGAAUGGCAGAGACGCUGCACAGAAAUUGUGGCUAUAGAUGCUUUUCAUUUCAGACGUUUUCUGGAUCAGUUCGCUCCGGAGAAAAUUAGAAGAGAGCUGAACAAGGCUUUCUGUGGUUUCUCUCGUCCCGGUCUCCCUCCACAUCACCUUCCAGCUGUUGCAACAGGAAACUGGGGCUGCGGGGCUUUUGGAGGCGACUCAAGACUGAAAGCCUUAAUACAGAUCUUAGCAGCUGCUGAGGCUGGACGCGACGUGGUUUAUUUCACCUUUGGAGAUGCUGAAUUGAUGAGAGACAUUUACAGCAUGCACACGUUUCUGAGCGAGAGGGGCCAAGUGGUGGGAGAUGUUUACAAGCUGUUGCUUCGAUACUACAAUGAGGAAUGCAGGUGUUGCUCUACAUCAAGGCCAGAAGUCAAGCUGUAUCCUUUCAUCUACAAUACAGUUGAGUCCUACAUGAGCCCUCCCGAGGAGGAGAAAGAGCGGGGUUUGGAUGAUUAAGAGUGACUGCGCGCCCAACGAAUAUAUUUUUCCUUUUCCCUAUAAACUGUCAGUUGGAUUGCUGGGUGUCAUAUAUAGUUGUCUGAAGACCAACACUGAUAUUUGAGAAGAAAUCUGUUUUCUUUCCAAAGCAGAAAGUAAACUUGAUCAGAGCAUACAGAGCAUUUCUCCUCCCUCACCAAGAAAUGACGGUUGGCAGAAGAUUUCCAUUCCUUAUAGCAUUCUCUGAAAAUAGAUUGAUACGGGCCUGCCUUUCUAUUUUUAUAAUUGUCUCAGUGUCCACAUACAUUUAUGUAUGGAGUUCACUGGCAUAGACUUACGUUCCCCAUGCGAAUGAGUGAUUUCUUUAGCACACACGCCAGUGGUAUAACUUUAAAGGGGUAGAUGUGAAGAAAAAAAAACCAAAGAAAAUAUAGAAAUAUAUAUAUUUUGCAUUACAUACACAAUUCAAGUCAUCCUGAUUUUUUUUAAAUUUAGAUUUUACUUUUUCAAACACACACUUUCUUCUGUGUUAAGAAAAGGCAAGAAUAACAGAGAAAGAAUGAGUUAUCCAGACCUUCCCUCUACAUGGAAAGUGGCUGGAAGAGGACAGGAAGGGAGAAUGGGAAAGGCAGUGGUACAUUGGGGUUGCCAAACAGCCAAAGCUACUCUUUGAUGUAGACUUACAUUGUAAAAACCUAUAACAAGGGCCAUCUAUUUAUGAUAUAAUGAAACAGCUUUUCUAAAAAAAUCAAUUGCACAAAGUUCUUUGCUGGAUGUUGUGAUCCUGCUAAGAGGCAAAUAGACACCUAUAUUAUUUAAAUGUACAAUAAGAACCGGGACUGUUAUACUUAGGGGGUUCAUUAUAUAAUGAUAAAACCUCUGUGCAGCAGGCAUCGGGGUGGAUUUGAAGGUCAUUAAAAGGGAUUGACCACCCAUCAGAGCAUCAGCUCCACAGAGCAGGCUUGCUCCCUCUUUCCUAGCCUCCUUUCCAAGAAAAAGUUCUAAGAAAAGUUACCUCAGGUGUGGGAGGCAGAAAGGAAAGGAAAUUUGGCAAAGAGAGAAGAAGGGAGGUGAUCCGCCAGGAGAUGCUGUACAAACAGCCUUCUGUCCAGUUGAGAGAGGAGGCCGAUGGGGAAGAGAGGCAAAGCAGCCCGAAGAAGGCUUGACUACUUAGCAAAGAAGGGAGACUGGCCAACCAUCUCUCCCGCUUCAGAGGGAAAGAGCUCAGGGCUGGAGAGAGGAAUGGGCCUCCUGAUGGAAGAAGAAGCUCAUUCUAGGACAGGUCCACAGCUUCUCAUCACAUCUUCCAGAAUGGCUCCAUUCUGGGCCCUCCCCCCGGUGUGGAACACGCCUCCCACAGGCAGCUUCCAUCCCCCUCAUCAAGGAGGGACAGUUGUGGGAUCGUCGUCCAGCCAACAAGCCGAUGCAGCCAAAACCGCAGCUUUUCUCUCGGCCAAUCCUUGUGGGCACCGGGCAAUAGAUUACAAAAGCUGGCAGGUUGGGCAGUUGAUUCUUGGCUUUUACUGGAGUGCUGGGACCUUGAUCUUCUGCUAUGUAUUCAAGAUUCCUUUUGGUAAUGGAAAAAUAAUAAAAUCGAUAGAUGUUUUUCUCCA